AAAAUCGCCACAUGAAGUUUCCUGCAAUUGGAGAGAUGAACUCCAAACAUUAUUUUCAUUUAUCAAUUUAUUGUUUACAAAAACAAUAAUACGAGAUAAUUCAAAUAGCACAUGAUGCAAUCGAUUACGUUUUUCUUUAAAAAAAUUUGUUUCGAAAUUAAGGUUAUCUGACCUGUCACUUAUUUAUGUUGUGCAAAAACAGCGUGAUAGCCAUUUCAAAUGUAAACCCGUUCAAUUAGUGUCGAAAAAAUCAUCAGCAGGUGGACUUUGGAUAUGGCAGAACAGACUUUAACUCAAUUUACAGACAAGAUACUUUUAGAAAAAACAUUUAGCUGUGCUGUUUGCGAGAAGCUGCUGACUCUUCCGAUAGUGCUAGUAGAAGAUGUGGGAAACGUGUGCAAUAAUUGUUGUAAAGAAAGAGACUUGAAAGGGUUGCAAAAUGUCAAGUUGGAAAUGAUUUUAAAAGAACUUAAAAUCCCAUGCAAGUUUCAAGCGACGGGGUGUAAGGAAAGAAUUAUUUUUAGUAGUUUAAAAGAGCACGAAACUAACUGUAAGUUCCAUGAAAAGCCUUGUUUGUUGUCACACGCAGGGUGUGAGUGGAAAGGUGUACAAAGCGAUUUUCGUAGUCACUUUAAUGAAUGCCACUCUGAGCAUGUGAUAACAAACUCUCAAAGUUUCUUCGUUAUUGACGUCAACAUUAAUGAAGAAACAAACGUAACAAAACUGCUCAAAGGUAAACAAGAAUGCAUAAUAAUAAUCAAAAAAGAUCUUGAAGAUUUGUUGCAUACAAUCUGUGAUGUAAAAAACACUGAGUGUAAUUAUGAUUGUAUUAUCAAGCAUUUAGGACAAAGCAGCAACUGUGUUGAAACAAAGUGCAAAGUUUCAUCAUUCAGUAAUAUGCACACAACAAGAAUUAAUUUGUCGGCUUUACAACAGAUGACUGAAGCAACUAAUGUAGUCACACUCCAAAUAAAAAUGUCAACUUAUAAUGAAUCUACGGAAUUUGAUGAAAAAGUCUUGCAAUAUUUUGAAUGCCCUGUUUGUAAAAUGUUAAUGAAGCCUCCAAUAUAUCAAUGCAAAUUCGGCCACAGUUUUUGUAGCAAUUGUAGACCAAAACUGGAAAAGUGUCCAAAUUGUCGCGCCCUUUUUGGAACUACGAGAAACUAUUCUUUGGAAGGGCUGACUGCAGGAAUCAGUUACUCUUGUAUGUACCACCACCUGGGGUGUGAAGAUACUUUGCUAGCUCAUGAAUCAGAUAAACAUGAAGCGGUUUGCCCAUUUAAACCAUAUCCAUGUCCUUUGGAUGACUGUUCAUUUAAAGGAACACACUCAAAUAUUGGAAAACACUUAGAUGAAAAUCACAAAGAUAAAGUCAUUGCUGCCGAUUUCUUCAAGACCACCGUAGAAUUUCGUUUAGAGCAAAUGAUGGAUUUUUAUAAUUUCCACCAGAAGUUUUACAUUGUGUUUGACGAAAAUAUAUUUAGAUUGAGUUUCAAAAGAAAUUCAGACUAUAGUUUCUGGGCGGUUGAAGUCUUGCGUAAAAAGGAAGAAGACGAUGUUUUUAUCUAUGAAAUUGGCAUAAUUGAUAUGAGAAAGCCUGACAGAAGAUUGAUCAGAUGCGAUGUUUGUUUUACCGAUACCAAUUCUGAAGAGCUGUUUAAAAAAUGUAUUCUGUUUCCCAAUAAUAUAUUGGCUUCUUAUGCUUGUAAUGGGAUGUUCACCUACUAUUGUCAAAUACGUAAACGGCAAUAAAGAGUACAAAACCUUGUA